CAAGCACCGAGGUUUGACUCUCCCCCUCGCCCGCGUCGUCCUCGCCUUCCUCAGACUCAAGCUCAAGAACGUCUUCCUCGUUCGGCACCGGAACGUCUGAGACUCCCGAGUCGCAGAGGAUGUUCGCCGAGCGAAAGUCAGGCAUUGCGCAGGAUUUAUUCUUGAUCAGCAUUGGAAAUCGGACGGCGUCGAGCUCUUGUGAUCGGGGGGAGAACGCGAGUCAGAGGUGGAGUGGAGAGAGACAUAACAGGGCGCAAAAGAGCUCGAAACAGAUGCAGGACGCUGCUCCGCGUGACAGCCAUUCCAGACAUGUUGGUCGGCGUCGGUCAGACUGGCAGUGACAGCAGGAGAGUGAAAGCGAUUGUGCCGCUCGACAGCAUUGUCUGCAUCGCACUCGAGAAUUGAGACUUGACUCGGAAAGAUAGCCGGCGUCUCCCUGAGAGCGUUCGGGCGAAAACUAAUGGACGCAUGUGUGGGAAACUGUUGCGUGGAAGUGGCCGGAGGCGGGCGACGCAACGAUGAA